GUAGGUGGCAUUCCUAGAGACGAAAAACGGCGGCGGUAGUGUUGAAAACGAUCUGGUGUAGGAGCUGUGUUGUCAAGUUUUCUUCAGUUUUACUGGACUAAAACAAGCAAGUGAUCUGAUAGAGACAUCAUGGAUGGACUACUGCAGCCGAAGGAAGGGGAAUACACGGCUACAGUCUACCGAAUGAUCAAGGAGGGCAAGUUUAUUGAUGUUGUCCAUCUGCUAAACUUGGAGCUACAGAGUCACCCCAAGUCGCGCCCAGCCCUGUCCCUGCUGGGGUACUGUUACUACCAGUUGCAGGACUUUGUGAAUGCGGCCGAGUGUUACGAACAGCUCUCCCAGCUCCACCCUGAAGUAGAUGACUACAAACUCUACCACGCCCAGGCCCUGUACAAGGCCUGUAUGUACCAGGAGGCUACCAAGGCUACCUUCACUCUGGAGAGUCCUGCUUACCAGGCUAAGAUUCUCAAGCUCCAAGCAGCCAUCAAGUAUGGAGAGGAGGACCUGUCUGGGGCAAAGAGCCUUGUAGAGCAAGGACCAUCUGAAGACCCUGACACGGACAUCAACCUUGGCUGUCUCCUCUACAAGGAGGGACGUUAUGAGGAGGCAUGUCAGAAGUUCACCACUGCUAUGCAGAUCCUCGGCUACAAAGCUGAUCUGUCCUACAACAUAGCCCUGUGCUACUACAGCAUGAGACAGUAUGCACCAGCCCUGAAACACAUAGCAGACAUCAUUGAGAGGGGAAUCAGGGACCACCCAGAGUUGAGCGUUGGCAUGACGACAGAAGGGAUAGAUGUGAGGAGUGUGGGGAACACACUUAUCUUACAUGAGACUGCUCUCAUCGAGGCAUUCAACCUCAAGGCAGCCAUAGAACAUCAGCUCAAGAACUUAUCAGCCCCAGCGGGAGAAGCAGCUAUCAGGAUCCAUGAUGAGGCAGCAAAGGAGGCCCUAACAGACAUGCCACCCAGAGCAGAGGAGGAACUAGACCCGGUGACCCUGCACAACCAGGCCCUGAUGAACAUGGAUAACAACCCCACGCAGGGCUUCGAGAAGCUACAGUUUCUCCUGCAGCAGAACCCCUUUCCUCCGGAGACCUUCGGAAACCUGCUGCUCCUCUACAUCAAGUAUGAGUAUUAUGACUUGGCAGCAGAUGUUCUUGCAGAGAACGCACAUCUCACAUACAAGUACCUCAGUCCUACUCUGUAUGACUUCAUGGAUGCAGUAAUCACCUGUCAGACAGCACCAGAGGAGGCCUACAGAAAGUUAGAUGAGAUGGCAUCCAAGCAGACUGAUCAGCUCAGGAAACUCACCAAACAGGUACAAGAGGCCAGGCAGAAUCACGAUGAUGAGUCUGUGAAGAAAACUGUCAACGAGUAUGAUGAGGCGUUGGAAAGGUACAUCCCGAUCCUGAUGGCGCAGGCCAAGAUUUACUGGGAUCUGGAGAACUACUCGCAGGUGGAGAAGAUCUUCCGCAAGUCCGUGGAGUUCUGCAACGAGCACGAGAUGUGGCGCCUCAACGUCGCGCACGUCCUCUUCAUGCAGGAAAGCAAGUUCAAGGAGGCCACCGGCUUCUACGAGCCAAUCGUCAAGAAGCACUACGGAUAAUGUAAGAAGCACUACGAUAAUAUACUGAAUGUGAGUGCGAUAGUGCUGGCCAACCUCUGUGUUUCCUACAUCAUGACGAGUCAGAACGAGGAGGCAGAAGAACUAAUGAGAAAGAUUGAGAAGGAGGAGGAACAGGUUGCCUAUGACGACCCUGAUAAGAAGAUCUACCACCUCUGUAUUGUCAACCUGGUUAUUGGGACACUUUACUGUGCCAAAGGGAACUAUGAAUUUGGCAUCUCGAGAGUUAUCAAAAGCUUGGAACCCUACAAUAAGAAGCUGGGAACAGACACGUGGUUCUACGCUAAGCGGUGUUUCAUGUCCCUGUUGGAGAACAUGGCCAAACACAUGAUCAUGCUGAGGGACAGCAUCGUACAGGAGUCCAUCCAGUUCCUCGAACACUGUGAAGCCUACGGUAAGGAUGUCCCGGCAGUGGUUGAACAGCCACUGGAGGAGGAACCGAUGCACGAGGGUCGGAACACCGUCACGUUCGAGGCACGACUGCUGAAGGCUCUGUUUCUCGAGCUCCUGGCCUGAGACAUUCCUGAAACUAUAUGUAUUAGUGCUUAUUAUUUGCUUGACCACUUAUUAACGUUGGGGGGGGAGGGGCGUUGUAGCAUCACAAACACCUGUACAUGUAUUUGUGACACACAGUGUAUUACUACCUUGAGCAGACAUUCCUCUAUUAAACUUUAAAGAAAAAGUUUUAUUGCUGUAAGAUUGUAUAGAAUGUAUUGAGACUACAAGUUGUCUUAUCCUGAGAAUGUACAUGUACGAGAAAUAUAGAUAAAGUAAGUUUUUAUUAGAUGUAAAUAUGUAUACGCAUUUGAGAGUUCAAUUAACAACAGAAUGACAAUACUCCAUGUUAUCAUCAUACCAUUCCUACAAAGUGUGCUACUAGUAUUGUGUCUUUCUCAAAUAGAUUGGCCCAAAAUUUCUGAAUACCAGUUUAUUCUAGAUGCUUCUCAAUGAUAUGUUUUCUCGGUGACAUUUACCAUCACACAGGUUCUACAAGUAGAACUGUAUCUAUCUAAGGUAACUCUGUGUAGUUUAGACCAAAUAAAGGCAAUUUGAUCUGUGAGACGCUAGAAAACAAGUGUACAUGUACCUGUCUGAUCAUUCACAGCAAGGAUUGCAUAGUCAAGCUAUCACUUAUACAGCAAUUC